AUGGGUCAAGCCACAUCGUCAGCGGUCAUGCAGGCCGUCUCGGCCGUUACCGGCACGCCAGUUGGAACAGAUCCGCUGGCGACGAUGGGAAAGAACAUGUUUGACGACAAGGUGAUGGCCGAGAAGCUUCCGGCUGCAGUCAUCAAGCGGUUUCAGGAGUGCCUCAUCAGUGGUGCGCCGACGACAGAAGAGGAUCAGAAGAUCAUUGCGGACACAAUGUUCGAAUGGGCACGAGAACGUGGUGCUGUGGAUUUUGCCCACUGGUUCUUCCCUCUUCGCGGACAGGGAGGAGCAGUGGGCGGCAUGCUCGGCGCGUACAAGCAGGACACUCUUCUGGACCUCGAGUUCGGUUCCAAGUUUGUCACGAAGCCCAUGAAGGCCUGUUUGCCAGCGGAACGACUUUUCCAAGGAGAAACUGACGGCUCUUCAUUCCCCAAUGGGGGUCUUCGUGUGACACAUUCCGCUGCAGCGUUCACCACCUGGGACAGGUCCUCUCCGCCGUUUGUUCUCAACAAGACGCUGUACAUCCCCUGUGCUUUCAUCACCCAUUUCGGGAAGUGCAUCGACGAGAAGACCCCUCUUUUGCGGUCCAUGGACGCUGUGAAGGCUCAAGGUCUUCGGAUGCUGAAAGCCGUUGGACUCGGAAAGGAUGCUCAGACGAUGCAUAGCUACCUGGGUUGGGAGCAGGAGUUCUUCGUUCUAGAUGCAGCACUUUACAAGGCCCGCCCUGAUUUGGUGAAUACCGGCCGGACCUUGUUCGGCAAGUUGCCCACGCGCCACCAACAGGGUGACCUGAAUUAUUUCCAGGCCAUUCCUACGAGCGUACAGACCUUGCUGGACAACGUGCAGGCAGCGAUGUUGGAGAUCGGAUGUCCCAUGGCCGUAAAGCACAACGAAGUCGCCCCGGGUCAGCACGAAAUGUCUCCGGUUUUCCGGGUGGCUAACGUGUCCUGCGACAGCAAUGUGUUUUUCAUGGAGACCAUGAACCGAGAGGCAGCCAAACUUGGCCUGCAGGUGCUAUUCCAUGAGAAGCCAUUUGCGGGUAUCAAUGGCAGUGGCAAGCAUGCCAACUGGUCAGUGGGAACUGAUACUGGCCUUAACUUUUUCUAUCCUGGAAAGACGGAGGAAGGCAAGAAGCUUUUUGUUACUGGCAUUGCCUGCUUGGCAUAUGGCCUGUCGCAGUACAAUGAGCUUGUGCGCUGCAGCGUAGCAACUGCCGGCAACGACCACCGGCUCGGAGCCCAGGAAGCGCCUCCGGCCAUCAUCUCGCUCUAUCCAGGCCAGGGCUUCGAACAGUUCGUCGAUGCCAUCAUCGGUGGCGCAGACUUGUUGGGCUACAAAGCUGAGAAGAAGCACCAGCAGACAGGAUGCUCGCAAGCAAUGCACAUCGAGGCCAAUGUGGAGGACAGGAAUCGAACAGCACCUUUCCCAUUCUGUGGCAACCGCUUCGAGUUCAGGGCAGUUGGCUCCUCGCAGAACUGCUGUUUGCCUGUCAUGGUUUGUAACGCCAUCAUGGCGGCCGGCAUGGCCAGCCUGGCCGGCCUCAUCGAAGGCGGCAUGAGCCACAGGGAUGCAGUGGCAAAGAUGUUCAAGGAGAACAAGCACGUGAUCUUCACGGGCAACGGCUACUCGGCGGAGUGGAGGGAGGAAGCUGCCAAGCGAGGCCUGCCGAAUCUGAACACCACGCCGAAGGCCGUCGUGACAUGGAGCUCCGCGAAGAACAAGAAGUUGUUCGAUGACUUGAAGAUCUACACCAAGGAAGAGACCGAGGCUAGACAAGAGGUCAUGCUGGAGAACUACAUCACCUGUCUCACGAUCGAGGCACAGACCAUGAUCAACAUGGUGGAGACCGGCUUCAUACCUGCAUGCGCCAAAGACCUGAAGAAGUGCGACAACAUGAGCAGCAAAAUCGCUCAGCCAAGAAAGGUUGCUUAUGAAGCAAUUGUGGAUGAGCUCGAAAAGCUGAAGGCGUCCCUGGACGCCAUGCCCCACGGAGACCUCGAGAAGGAAGCGACCUACCUUUGCGACAGCGUGAAGGUUAAGAUGGCUGCACUCCGAGAGGCCGUCGACAAGGCGGAAACCAUGAUGGAGAGCAGUCUGUAUCCAUACCCGACGUACGAGCAGAUGAUCUACUCGCACCAUUUCUGA